AUGGCUGAUUACGCUAAUCCUGAUGUUUUGGUGAGUACAGAAUGGGUAGCCGCACACGGCGGUGAUGCCGGUAUCCGGCUCCUUGAGGUUGAUGUUGAUACGUCUGCUUAUGCUGAAGGACAUAUCGCUGGUGCAGUCGGACUGAAUUGGCAGACACAACUAUGUGACCAAAUUCGCCGCGAUAUUCUUACAAAAGAUCAAUUUGAAGCACUCUGCAACGACAGCGGUAUUGCUAAUGAUACCACCGUUAUUUUCUAUGGCGAUAAUAACAACUGGUUCGCAACGUACGCUUUAUGGCAAUUCCGCUACUACGAACACGAUGAAAGCCUGUUGAAGGUGAUGAACGGCGGUCGCCAAAAAUGGAUUGAUGAAGGCAGAGAGCUUGUCACCGAUGUUCCAGAUUAUCCCAGUACAGGGUAUCAGGCGAAAUUUCCUGAUGACAAUGUCCGUGCCACAGCGGUUAACGUUCGCGACACACUUGGACAAAGCAUUGUUAAUCUUGUAGAUGUCCGUUCACCCGCCGAAUUCUCUGGCGAAGUCAUCGCACCACCUGGGAUGAGUGAGACCGCGCAACGCGGCGGACAUAUCCCCGGCGCAGCGAACAUCCCGUGGGCGACUGCUGUUGCUGAAGACGGCACCUUUAAAUCGCACGACGAAUUGGAAGCCAUCUACGGCGGCGCAGGCGUUGAUAAUAGUAAAGAGACGGUUGCCUACUGCCGUAUCGGCGAACGUUCAUCGCAUACGUGGGUUUGUGCUGAAGUAUCUACUCGGUUAUGA